AUGAAAAUAUUCUAUCGAUUUUCCGGGAUUUUCAUUGUUUUGUUAGUGGUUUUAGUGCUGGAGGGGAUCUAUGUGGGGCUUCAGUUAGCUGAAAACUCAUUGAAAUGGUCUAACGAAACGGAAAAAGCGGACAUUGAUGUAGAUUUGAUGGAAACAUUGGAAGCGUUGCUGUUACUUGCAAGUUACAUGCAAAACAUUGUCAAUCUCUUCAUCUCACCACUUGUCGUUUACUUUGUGUUUAUAAACGAUGAGUUGAUGCUACCAAUCCGCUACUCUCUGAAAUGGCCCCUCCUCCAAGCAAUCCUUCCCUCAUUUCUCUGUGUCAUUGCGGCUGAAAUCUAUUUGCUGUUUCCUGGAUCACUCAUUCUCAACGAGCUCUUUGAUUGGAUUCACGCUAUCCCAAUGUUUCUUAUGAUUGCUUUUGAUGUUGUGACAAGACGGAAAGUUAAAGAGUUAAAAGUUCACAACAAAGUAUCUUAUGCUGAAUCGUUGUUGAUGCUACAGAUGCUCACCAACUCUUUCUUGAUGCUAAUCACAAAAAUUGUCUUCCCAAGCAUCGGAAUCCUCGUUAAGAGCUCAUUUGGAUCGAACACUUUGAGCGUCUUUGACUCACUUCUCGAGCUUAAUCGAUAUUUCUUUUUCUACACUAUCAUGGGGAUAAUCAGCAUUUGGUGUUUCCGGAGAAUCGACGAUGAUCGAAGGGACACACUGGAGAUGAUCACUGGCAAGAGUGCUGCGCUUAGCUUCGAGGCUCUCAAGAAGAGGCGACAAACGAUU